CUUAAUUCUCGCCUCCCUCCCGUUGCAGCCCUCCUGGAGGAGCUCGACAAGGAGCAGCAGGCAGCGGGCGCCCAGCCCGCCCCCGACCCCAGCCCCGGGGCGCCGCCGAGCCCCCAGGGGAGGCCGGGCAGCGGCGGGGAGGCGGCGGGGGAGGCGCCGCGGGGCUACACGCGGGACCAGGCGGAUGCCGUCAGGAGGGUAAAGCAGUGCAAAGACUACUACGAAAUCCUGGGAGUCAGCAGAGAAGCUUCCGACGAGGACUUGAAAAAGGCGUACCGGAAACUGGCGCUGAAGUUCCACCCCGAUAAGAACCACGCGCCGGGGGCUACGGAGGCCUUUAAAGCCAUCGGCAACGCGUACGCGGUGUUGAGCAACCCGGAGAAGAGGAAGCAAUAUGACCAGUACGGGGACGAGAAGCUCAACCCUGCUCGGCACGGACACAGUCACUCAGACUUCCACCGCGGGUUUGAAGCGGACAUCUCCCCCGAGGACCUCUUCAACAUGUUCUUUGGCGGUGGAUUUCCUUCCAGUAACGUCCACGUGUACAGCAACGGCAGGAUGCGGUACACCUACCACCAGAGGCAGGACAGGCGGGAGCACCAGGGAGACGGCGGCCUCGGGCUGUUUGUCCAGCUGAUGCCUAUCCUCAUCCUGAUCAUCGUGUCUGCUCUCAGCCAGAUGAUGGUCUCCAGCCCUCCCUACAGCCUGAGCCAGAGGCCGUCCGUGGGUCACAUACACAGGAGGGUGACAGAGCACCUGAAAGUCAUCUACUACGUGUCCGAGAACUUCGCCGAGGAGUACACGGGCACCAACCUGAAGAACGUGGAGAGGAGCGUGGAGGACGACUACAUCGCCAACCUCCGAAAUAACUGCUGGAAGGAGAAGCAGCAGAAGGAAGGCUUGUUGUACCGGGCGCGCUACUUCGGGGACUCGGAGCUGUACCAGCGGGCGCAGAAGAUGGGCACCCCCAGCUGUAGCAGACUGUCAGACGUACAGGCCUCUCUGCAUGGAUAGCCGCCGCCGGCCCGCUCGGCGGAGCCCUAAACUGGAAAUGCCUGAAGCCUCUUGGUGAAGUGCACUGAGCCGAGCUGACGGUUUGUAUGUAAGGAAUCAAACCCGAUACUGCGAUGGAAUCGGAGAAUUAGCAACGCACAACUGCCCUCUCUCUUCUCUCUGCCCGUCUCCGCCGUUACGACGUCUCAGGCAGCAGCUAGGACAGGAAACGCGGCUGCCGGCCUCCUGCUCCCCUCGCAGCGCCUCCAGCCUGGCUGCGCCGAGGGACCGCGGCGUGGCGGGAGGUGAGGGAACAGCCGCAAAGCCGUGCAGCAGGAGGAGACCCUCGGGACUGCGCUGGAGAGGGAAACCGGACGAUUUGGUGACGAAACUUUAAACAAAAAGAAAUAUAAUCUAUUCAGAAUUAAUUUAUAGCUGUAUAUACGUUGUACUUUUAAACUAUGCAGGGGUUGGAUGAUUAAAUUAUUUUGUUCUCUGCCCA